AUGCUCCGCCUCGCCCUCCCCACCCUUCGCGCCGCCGCCCCGGUCUCGCGCCGCACCUUUGUCGCCUCGGCCGCGAGCCAUGACCUCAAGUCCGCCGCCGACCAGCUCAACCAGGCUGCCGGCAACGCGCUCAAGACUGGCAUCGAGACCGUCGAGUCUGCGACCGAGGCCGUCAAGGAGACCGUCAACUCGGUGACCGGCCAGGCCAAGCAGGCCGCCAACGAGACGGCCAAGGAGGCGGGUUCGUCCGACCUCGCGACCGAGGCCAAGAAGGUCGGCGCCGACCUCGAGGGCGGCGCCAUCAAGGGCGCCGUCGACGUGCGCAAGACGGCCAAGAAGGUCGGCGCAGAGCUCAACCGCGAGUAGAGCUCGUUCGUAUCCGCAAUCUGACAAUACCAAGCAGUGCCCAACCUUGUC